CCGCAGCUCAACGCCUCUUCUCGGCGGAAUGAGGAGGCGGUCUUGGCUCGUCACACUGAAAGACUCUUUCGAGUCUCCACCGAGUUCAACCGACUCGGGUAAAUUAAACACAGAGUGAGAGAGAGAGAGGGGGAGGGAGGGAGUUGUUUGGGCAAAGAACGAAGGGCAGAGACAUGGAGGAGACCGGGGCCACGAGUGCGUACGGAGGCUUGGACAUUCUAAAGUUUGUCCGACAACCGCAAACCAUUGUGCGGCUACUGAGCUGGCUAUUUGCCAUUGUGGUUUUCGGCUGCAUCACCACAGAGGGAUACAUCAACCCUGUCCACAGUGCUGAGCCGAAAUGCAUCUUCAACCAGAACGACUCGGCAUGUCACUACGCUGUCGGCAUCGGCGUGAUUGCUUUCCUCGCCUGUGUGUGCUUCCUGCUUUUGGAUGUUUACAUGCCUUUUAUGAGCAAUGCACAGCAAAUGAAAUAUGCUGUGAUGGCAGACCUGGGAUUCUCGGGGGCAUGGACCUUUCUGUGGUUUGUUUGCUUCUGCUUGUUGGCCAGUCAAUGGGGUCGCACACAUGAUGUCAGCGCAGUCCCCCAGGACGCUGCACGUGCAACGGUGGCCUUUUCAUUCUUCUCCAUUGCUACCUGGGGAAUCCUAACCUACCUCGCCUUGGGUCGUUUCCGUAGAGGCGGUGACGACACCACCAUCCCGACCUAUACUGAGCAGCCUGCCGACAAGCACACGCCUUACCCACCAACCUACCCCCCCACGCCAUACACCCCCACCACUUAUAGCGCCUAUCCCAGCAUACCAGACUUGAGCCAGCAGCCCGCCUUCACUCCAAACCUGCAGCCGACGCCCGGCUAUCAACCGCCUAACUACUGACGCCGAGGUCACUGGUAUGGCCACAGGCAGGGCUCCUGGCUGUUUGUGAGGAGCAGAUCCAGCAUGUCAGGGAGCCGUGUUGCCAUUCAUGUUAUGGCUUAUCUUCGGAUUUAACACUUCUGUAAUUGGUAAAACUGUAAAGUGAAAGAACUGCAUGCAAGUAUAGAAGAGGGGGACUGCAGAUUACCGCAUGGGGUCAAGGCUCUGUGAUCAGAUCUUGACAGCAGACUGAGCACUGACAUUAGAUGUGAUCUUUGGAUCAUCUGACCUGUGUGCUAUGACAUAACACUUACCUCAAGCAGGCUAAUAGGCAAAUAGAUUGUACACAGGAUGUUCGAGUAAUUCUGACACUGCCAAUUACUGUUGAGAUCAACACUGUUUCUCUUGCAUUUGUACAGAUUUCUUGGUGAAACUGUUGCAAUGUCAAUUGCUGUGAACUUAUUUUCAUCUUUAAUGAAUUACCUUUAUUGGCCAUAAACAAAUGACACUUUUUUUAUUAAGUAAAAUUAGUUGUGGCAAUACUGGUGGAAAAUGUUUCUUCUGGUUAUUGUUUUGUGUUGAGCUUGUGCAGUUAAAUUAGUCAUCAUAAAACAACACAACACAGCAGAUGUUCGCCACAAAAAAACCAACAGUUGUGUGAUCGUUUAUACGGGUUCCCUUUAAACUUGGUUUAUAUUCAGAUAGUGAAGGUGGGUUAGAGUGCCGAUAAUGAUGCACACAUUGAACACUAACGAGUGCUUUUGGAGCAAAGAACAUCCCUACUCUUUCUGCGAACUCAUUGUGACUACUGUACACUCGACAAGGUAUGACUUGGAGCCUUCUCCGUGUCAACUAACAGUUACUGUUGUGUGUAAAGCAAAGUCUCAUUGCUUUACACACAAUUCCAAUAUAACUAAUGAACUCCCAACUCUCCUAAAUUCUGACAUGGGAAAUGUAUUUAGGGUCCGUUCAGAUAUAAUAGUAUUACUUUUACAGUGCUGGUUAGAGCAAUGUAAUCACUACGAUAAGCACUUCAUAUUUGUUUGUUUUUAUUAUUAAAAAAAAAAAAAGGUUUUGCUUCAGCUUACUUUUGUUAAAAUGUCUGGUUUAGUUUAAGCUUCCAAAGUUAUUUUUUGUUCCAAACAACUCUUGCCUUUUUGGUGGUUUAAUGGACAUUAUUCAGAAACCUCUUAAGUACAUAUGCACAUACUUCGAUUUGUGCCUCUUGCUAAUUCACUAUUGUUUUUGCAACCUCCCUAUUUGGGUUUGUUUAGCUCAAUGAUAAGCCUGGAGUUAAAUCUCAUCCUGUGUUGGGAUUACGUCUGACAGAGAAAUAAAACCUUAAUAAUCAUGAAAACACUGAUUUGCCCUUUUGGCCAUUUUACACAUUGUAGCAAACAUAGCUGCACCCACCGUUGGACAUGUCAGAAUUUAGGAGAGUGGGAGUUCAUUAGUUACAUUGGAAUUGUGUGUUACACACAGCAGCUCAAUUCUGGACCUCCAUACUUGAGCAACUGUUUGUGUGUGUUCAGAGGUGGAGGGAAGAGAAAUGUUUCCUGGGGAUUCCAGAGUCCACAAGUUUUCCAUUCAGUGCAUGUUGAGUCGGAUCCCUGAGGGGAGGUUGGUUUUCUUUGGUCGCUAUCAGCGCUCCGUAACACUUUCGACAAACUGCUUGAUAUUUGUCAGCUCCGCCGAUCACUUCCACCUAUGUACAAGAGGAAAUGCGAUGGUUAAUACAAAAUAAAC